GCGACAUUGUAUCCUGCUCAGGGGACGUAAAAAAACAAGAACAAUGAGAGUAAGAUUUAUCUAGUGUAGUUAGGAGAAAUUAUUAAGUACGAUUACCAUCGGAUAUUAAUCCGAUGCACAUGCACAUGGCUGCCUGAUGCUCUUUAAGCUACGGCGUGGAUUUGGCUUUCGCGCGCAUUCUCUGCACCAGCAAAGCUGCGGAGACGGAAGCGAAAGCAGGAUGUCGAAUGCUGAUGAUCUGAAUUGCAGAAUGCCACCAGCAUACUGUGGGCGUCGUGGGGCGUGAGGCCAAAGCGCCAGUGAAAACAUCGAAACUGCGCUCCUCGACGCGUGGAGAUCCUUUGUAGGCGGGUUCACGACGAUGUUGGCGCUCACUUUCCUUGUGACGGGGAAAAUAAAGCAGAUUAUGCCAAGAAGAUGAUGGUUGACAUAGUAUCGCCUGAGCGGCCGUCUCUGCGCGACCGCUUCCGCGAGUUGCAGAUGAGGAGAGAAAAACUGUCGAAGAAAAUUGAGGAACGAUUGAACACUUCGGGCGGUUCAACCACGACUACUACAUUCAUGCGAGAAGGAAGUCAUCGUACGGAAGCUUCUGGACCAGGCGGUGAACAAGAUCGCACCAAGAACGGAGGUAAAGAAAAAGACGAACAACCAACUGCGUCUUCCAGCUCAACACCUAUAAAUGCAGGAGGUGGACAGGCACAGCCUCCACCACAGGGCCAGAGUGGGACGAGCAAGAGAGCCUCAACAGGAAGAGCGAUUUCUCCACCACCUCAAAAACGCGCCUCUUCUAGUCUCCAAGAACGCUUCGAGAACGCUUCGAGUUCAAUAGACGCAAAUGGAAAUGCCUCACCGCAGGAAGAGGAUGUAGUGGAGAUUUUUGAGGAUGAAAAUGGACUUUUGCGCGACUCAGAGGGACACUUAGUAGACAGCGAGGGCCGCUUGAUAGACGCGCAAGGGCGAUUCAUCGACGCUGAUGGCAGGUUUUUUAUUGAAUCUUUCGAUUUCAAUCAUUGAAUUUCCAUCUCCAGUGGACGUAGACGAGGAUGUAAGCAUAUUGUCGAAAAACUCUUCAACUUUACCGGGUAAGUUCUUUUACCCUUCAUCGCCCAAUGUAGUUUAUCCAAAAAUGAUCAAAUUCAGGUUCAUCGAUGAAACUGGUCGCUUCGUUGACGCCGAAGGCCGCUAUGUCGAUGAGGAUGGCCGUUACAUAGACCACGACGGAAAUUUUGUCGAUAUUCUCGGCAGAUUUGUAGACGAGGACGGACACCUAGUAGAUGAGGAUGGACGUCUUGUCGACGAAAGCGGUACACCCAUAUCCUCCACUGACGUCCAUCACUUGCCGAAGACGACCACGCGGAUGCCCGGUCGCGAGGAGCAGUCCUCUGGAGGAACGUCUAGGCCAAGCGCAACUAUGUCUCAAAUCCGAGAAGAGGACGAAAACGAGAUCGAAAACGUUGUCCUUCCAGAACCUCGUUCUCCUGUACCGCCUAAAAAAGAUGCUAGUGCUAACAAAAAUUCAACAAGUGAGCAGCAAAAGGCGGCGUCGGUGUCUGCUUGGCUGGAGAAGAAGCCCACGCCUGCAACUAGUGGGAAAGAGCCAGGUAGUCUUUACCUUUUCCAGAUCCAUACGAGAACUGUUCUUGAAGAUCAUGAUCAUCAAGAAUCAACGCAUCUCAUGAUUUACUCCGCAUAUUCUUAGAAUCUCAUUUUCUCUCUCCUCGCACUUGAAAAAAUAUUACAUCACCAGGCACACGGAACGAAAGUGCGGCGUCCUCAUCAGCGGAGACCGCGAAGGAAGAUUUUCGCCGUGCAUCGUCAUCAAGUAGCGUGAUGCGGUCCCCACGUCCUAGUUGUGGGAGAAACUCGAGAUCUUCGGGACUUGGCGUUCCCACAACCUUCACGAGAAACAAUAGCAAAGAAAGUUCGCCUCCGGCGCCAGAGACGAAAGCUCAGACGGAUGAGGAGCAACAGGACGACGAGCAUGAGGAGGGACAGGUGUACCAGGACGAAGACGGUUACUACACGGUGAGUGCGAACGGUGACGUCAUUCUACUGGAGCUGGAUGAGCUGACUGGGAACUUCGUCGAGAAAAAGACUACAGAACAAAAAGAAGAAAUAACAAGUAGUAGUACUACUGCAGUGGUGGAUGUCACCAGUGCUGCCACGACCAAGUCUUGGACGAAUCAGAAGGCAGCAUCUUCAAUAAACGAAAACGACCUUGUUGUGCAAGAGAUCGAGGAGUCAACAAGUAAGAAAACAACUACGUCCUCCGAUUUGGAGAAGAAUCAAAAGACCUUCUCAGAAGUAGUGCCAACAACUAGUACAACCUCAACGGCGCCAGUCGUGAAGAUGAGAGAGCAAAGUCAAGGUCCUCCUGUUCCUGGAGUCGACAAGCGAAUCUCAUCUUCUGCAGAUGUUAAAGAGAAGGAGAACGCCAAAGAUGCUCCUGAUUCUCCUCCGCGGAGACGUUCGAGCACGAAUUCUGUAAGCGAGCAAUCAGUCGUUUCAGAUCGCGUUGCAGACACAGAUGGCCAAGUCUACCAGGACGAGGAGGGCUAUUACACCCUCAGUGCGGACGGUCAGACCGUCAUACCUUUAGAACUAGACGAGUCGACUGGCGAAUUUGUGCAGAAAAAGACGGAACAAGAUAUCGAUGUUGUUGAUACUUCGCCUAGUACAACUUCUGUGGAUCAUGCCGCUGGUGCGAAAGAAAAAGAAUCUGUGGAAAGGAACCAAAGUGCAGUCGUUGCGGAUAGCGGUGCUGCUGCUGUUGGGUCGAAUAAGGAGCAGAAGCCACAAGGAACAAGUAAAGAAAGUGUGAAUGUGGCGGUUGCGGGAGGUACUUCAUCUACACUUGCUGUCAGUUGGUUUCCUGUUGUACUGUAUCUGCUCUGUCGUGAAAUCAGUCAAUUGGUUUCCUGUUGUACUGUAUCUGCUCUGUCGUGAAAUCAGUCAAUUGGUUUCCUGUUGUACUGUAUCUGCUCUGUCGUGAAAUCAAAUAGAUCAUGCUGAAGAAGAUGACAAUAUUUAGCAGGAGAGCCAGAGUAGACAGAGGCAGAGGCUUCUAAGUACCUCAUCUUUCAUUUCUCUACGUCUACUCAUCCUACAAAAUGAAUUUGUAUUUGAAUGUAUGAUGUAGUACAUCAUACAUUCAAAUUCAUCAGAUGUACAAUAUCACAAUUAUCACUUCUCCAGUCACAGAAGAAGAAGGCCCAGUGGAGCUUAUGGAGAUCUUCGAGAUGGAGGAUGGUAGCUUUGUGGACAUGGCAGGGAACGCGUGUGACGCGACAGGCCGACUGAUUGACAAGGCCACAGGGCACUAUAUCGACGCAGACGGCCGCUUCGUUGAUAAAGAAGGUUACUUCAUAGACCCAGAAACCGGCAAGUACGUCGACGAAGACGGGAAUAUCAUCUCAGAUGAGGAGGAUGAAGAAACGGAUGAAAAACAAGAAGACCAUGAUCAUGUCCUCGAUGUUGAUGUUGGACUUACAAGUUCAGCUCCGCCUACAGAUGUUGACUUGAGUAAAAGACGGGAGGACGACUCUGGAGCAGGAACAUCAAGAAGCAGUAUGAAAGAUAAACCAGCUUCGCCAAAAGCUGUGAGUUACGCUUCCUUGCGGGGUUCUCGCACUAGCCUGAAUGGAGUGGAUCUACAAAGCAGGAGUCUUCUGGACGCUGAGGAGUCCAGUUCCGCGAAGCACGGAUCAUCCUCGGAUCAACUCCAUAAUUCUCUGCGUGAUUCGCAAGUCAGAGUCGUGAUUCGAAAGUCCUCUUUUACAGACGCAGCGGUCGUAACAGAGGCAGGAGGAGCUGUUGGUGCUGCAACUACUGCUAGUGCUACCUCCUCGUCGCCAUUGCAAGAGCAGGGACCGCUCACGAGUUCACCCAGACGGCGUUUGUCCUCGGGAACGGAGGACACGAGCAGCGUAGUCAACUAUGAUUCGGAGGUAAUAGGUUCGGCGCCGGCUAAGAGAAACUCGACAUCCGCUGCGGUGAGAGGAUCAGUAGGCGCAGAAGGCGAUGUUGCGAAUCUGCAUCAAAAAGACAGGAAAACGGUUUCAGGAGGUGGGAACGAGCUCGCGGCACAGGAAACUACAACGACUCGACGACAAGAAAAAAUCGUACUCGUAGAACAAACAUCGUCCUCGGCAACGACCACCAAAACAUUUGAGAACAACGAAAAAUGCACCGCGGGGACUACAACAAUGGCAGCGCAGCCAUCCGAUGAAGAGCAGCUUUUGAGCGCAGGUGGAAAGGCCAGAUCAAGUACGGCGUCUGCUACUACUGGAGGUAGAACAGGAGACCGCGGCAACAUCAACGACGGCAGUAAUCUAGACGAAGAUGCGAAAGCAAGCGGCGUCUCGUAUUUCUCGCAUUCACUGCCAUAUGACAGUCGAAAAAGCGAAGCGAUUCCAAAGCAGGUCGCGGGCCGUAAAGGGAAAAAGGCUCCUGGGCAACCAGCGACGUCAUCUGAAGAGGAGAUUACCUUAAAAGCAACACCCAGGGAAGAGGAUAGCGGGAUCAGCACUACUCCACGCGAACACUAUCGGGAAAUGCAGCCACCUCCUGGCACAUUUGCAACGGGCGGGUCGAGUUCCUUUAUGUUGUCAGAGAUACCUAUUCCUAUACGGAUGACCAUAGUUCUUGUUUAAUCAGUAAUUAUUUUCAGUAUGUGAUUGCAAAGAAAUGUAAGUCAUUUUGUGCUGAUUGAAACACUAGAGUAGCUCCAAUUUCUCCACUGGCGGACGCGGAGGAAAGCAGGUGGUCGCAUUGCCGAAAGCGGCUCGACAGAUUACACGUCGAGAGUUGGCCGCUAAGAAAAAAGCCCAGCGUGAGCGUCUCGCACAGCUACAGCAACAGGUAGCCGCCAUGCGCGAUCAAAUGGCAUCAAAACUUCAGCGUUGGUGGCGAAGAGUGGGGUUGUUGUUAUGGAGAAAAGGGUGAAAAAUUGAAACUCGGUAGGAAAUCUUCUUUUCGAAUCAUGGUUGUUACCACUCUAGCAAUAUUUCUUGUCGAAACUAAACUACCUUAUUUAAGCUCGGAAAUGUUGUACUGAAGAAUUUCCGCUGAAACUUGGUAGUUUAGUUUCCCCUAGUCAACAUGAAAAUUUUGUUCUUCGUGCAUCAAUUGAAAUUUGAAUUGCAAACGUCGUUUGAAAUUUGCGAAAGGGUCGUCUCCGUUUGGGGCGGUCCUCCAUCAGUUUAUUGAUGAAACUCUUCUAAUUUCCCCCAAACGGAGACGACGGCUUCGCAAUCUACAAAGUCGGGCGACGCGCUUACAACGUUGGUGGCGAACACAGCGUCACCUAGCAAAGCGUCCUUUGCUGAAGCAGUGGUUCGCGCUAGUGUCCAAGGAAAGCCUCGAUAUCUUGCGGAGGCUACGCAGUCUAGGCGGACGAUAUGCUGGAGGAGGCUAUGCUGAUCAAGAAAGAGGUGAACAAGAAGACUACGAUGUUGAUGCAGUAGACUACGAUGAUGCAGCAGUAGACUACAACGAAGAUCAUUCUAGAAUUUUUGGUAGUAGGAUUUACAACGACAACGAUUCUAGAUAUAGAAUUGGUAGUAGGAUUUCGUCUGGCACAACUGGUAGUGGUAGAGGACGGCGUCGAGGAGACCGUCGUGGGCCUAACGAAUCACUAGAGUCGAGGGCACCGCGUGGAGAGGGAGAGGCUGCUCAUGCUCAACAUGUCAAGGCUUCCUCAGCCUCGUCGACGAAGAGCAAGCAAGCAUACGAAAAGCCAGUAGUCCUGUUUAAACCGUCGCCUAGAGAUUCAUCAGCAGGUUCCGGGACAGAAGCCAUGCGGUCCGCAGGAGCAAGAGGUGGUAGCAUGAACGUGACCUCGGAUCAUGAGAGUAAGGCAUGUAGUAAAAAGUAAGCACUGAAAUUUUCUCGUACAACAAUAAAAUCAUGGUAAUUAAAAGCAGGGUCCUCUAAGUCGAUGAAUCUAGCCUAGUAACCAGUGAUAUAACUUCAUUUUUUUGUUGAGCCUGGCUGGUGCAACUUCGUCCUUCCCCUUCUUCUAAGAAGCCAACAACUGGUCUUCGGUCGCGUGGCGUAUCUUCGUUCUCGGGAACGCGGCGCACCGAUUUAGAUGGACAACUGCAGGACCUCGAGAACGCCAUCACGAACAUGGUUCGUGAGAAUAAGCAGCCGCUUAUUUCCGUAGAAGUAGACGAUAUGCAUUUGUUUCAACCACAUCAAGGAGUAGGAGGAGGACCCUUUCCGGGUGGAGCUGGAGGUGGAGCGAGCGGCUUUUACAACAAUCAACAGUAUGGUGGCGGUUUAGGCGGGGGUGGCGGCUUUGGUCCAGGUGCUGCGGCAAGUGGUACUUUCAUACGAGGAGGAGGAAGUGCCGGAGGUGCAUACAUGGACAGUACUAGUAUGGGCGGUGGGGGUGGCAAUUCAUAUGGCUAUCCGUCUGGCUCUACUUUCGACAACCAGUUUGGAGGGCGUGGUACGAACUAUAUGACGUCGAACCCCCGAGCGCCACCGGGAAGUGCUAGGACGUCGUUCGCUCCGGGAAUGCGAGGCCCCACGUCCGUCGUGGGUACGCCUCGCGGCGUUGCACCAGCAGCGAGUACCCGACUGAUUUCUCGUUCGUCUAGUUUCUCGUCCCUAUUGUUCUUGUUUCCUGUGGAUCAUUUGCAUAGGCUGCUUUUACUUUUUAGUAACCCCCUGCCGCGGCCGCGGGCCAACCGUCUUCACAUUCUGGACGACAGCACUACAUUAAAUCUUGUCAAAUAAAAAUGAAUCAGAACCUGAAUCAGGUAUGGCUGGCGCCUCUCUUGGUGUGAAUUACAACUGCGCUGGAGGACCUGGAGGCCCCUCUGGCGUAGGAACAAGUACAACGAACUCACCGCGUGGUUUUAGCAAUGUCAAUGGCAUCCCUCCGAUUCCCGAGCUGAGGCUAGGCAUUCGCUAUUCUGGAUCCACUGGUGGUCAGCAACUGGAACUAAGGCCUUCAGCAGCACAGCAGCAGGCGCAACAACAACUAGGAUCACAAGCAGAUCGAGAUGGACCAAAUUCAUCUAUGUCGGUACUUGGACCCAGGGAUGUUGCCGCAAGCAACAAUUCUACUUCACAACAAGAAGAGCGAGGAAUCAUGAGCAGUGCUGGGUUUAUGAAGCGAAAAAGUGUACUCAUCCUCAAGAAAGUAGGCACUUUCUAAGUAGGAAAAGACCUCUUUUCUUGAGUAUGAAAACACUUUUUUCUGUCAUAGGGUUUCAACCGCAAUCACAAGUACAACAGAUGAGCGCGGCUAGCAGCGCCGCUCAGACUGCUGCUCCAGAACAAGGGCUCCCUAUGAAUCCAGCUGCUGAACAACAAGCCUUCGUCCCGCCCAUGAACAGUUCUCGAAUUCAUACGGCGCGAUCGCAUACUCUAGAAGAUGCUCCUAUCAAAUCAUCUGGGUCCUACGAUUUGCGUGGAAAUUUCGGCAUGAACGACGCACCACCCAUUUCCCGACACGAGCUCUACAUGAGGGAAGCCAAGAGUAAACUCGGGUCCCACGGAGGUACACCCAGUGAGUCACGGCGUCCCUCGAAGCUUGGCAACAGUGAGCGCGAACAAGCUGGACCACCUGGCACAACAUCGUCCUUCGCAGCAGGUGGAACAAUUGUGAGUACAUUGAAUCUAGCGAGCAUCAGCGGCGGCAGUAGAGAUGCUGCAUCUUCGCGAACAAACGGGGGAACGGUUGGAAACGUGAUGCCAUACAAGAACUCAGGUCAAGUUGUACCCGGCGAACCAGGUUCUGCGAUGAUGACGCCACGUGGAGGAUUCUCCACUGGACAAACGGCUAUCAGCGGUCAGCAGCAUCCCAGGAGUGGAAGCUUUCACGAACAAGCCUUCUAUUAUGAAGAAGCGGAGUACUACUCGUGAGAGCGAGAGACAGAAAUGGUUACAAGUUUUUGUUCAUCUGAUUCCCAGUCUUAGGUACUGUGACCGCCGUUAUCAACAUCUAUCGUGAAUUUCAAAGUGAUACAUAGAAGUUUCCCGCCUUUGUUCGUCGUCCUCGACGUUAUUGAGCAAUGUGGUUUCCCUUCUAAGUCACCGGCACUGCGACGCAGCCACCGCUUUCUGCGCGGUCUUCUGGGAACAAUAUGGAGACCAGUACUAUGAUGUCCAUAGGCGGCGCAGGUUCGAUGGAACAACAGAGAACCAGCUUGAUUCUAGUGCCUGAAGGCGAUCAACACUGGUAUGAAAAUGAACAUUCUACAUCUACUGGCGGCGCUGGUUCCGGAGCAGGAGGUGGACGACAGUUUUUUCAACAACAGCCUUCGUCUCAGCAGCAGCAAUUUGGCUCAUUUAAUGGCAUGGGAGGGCCUGGACGUCGAUUCGGUCCCGGAGGUAGUGCACAGCAAACACCUGGACAGACCCCGCAACAGACGUACCGCGAGCACUUUGUUCCCGCACCUACGACAUCUGGCUUGCAAACGCCAUCCUACACGCCUAGAACGAGCCAGGGACAGGGUCCUGUACGGCAAUGAGAAGAAAUUCUCUUUCAACAGGAACUUGAUAAAUUAAUAAAAAAGUCCUCAGUGCGAGCGCCUUCUCCACCUUGUUCUUGCAUGUUGGUCAAUUGGAAUAGAAGUCAAGAAACACGACCCCAUCAAAAUGACCACUGGAUUACUUACUAGGCUCUAUUCUCGCCGUCAGCAUGAAAAAUUCAACCACUACAUCCUUGUUUGUGUACUAUAUUAUGCUCCUCCCCUUGUUCUCGUUCUCUUUCAUACCACGGUAUGUUUCGUCCUACCGGUGGCUUCGAUGUCUAUCCUCCGUAUAUCGAAGAAGAGCCGCCAGAUAUACCCCAAGACUACGAACCUCGCGCAUUUAACAGUUUGACGACGAAACAGAGCCAAGCUCCGUAUCCUGUCCAAAGCGAUGACCGCGGAGCCGCGGGAUUGCUUUUUAUGUUGCUAUAUAACCGCGAAAGUAGUAGUAAGUUGGCGAGGCUAGUGAAGCUGUUGUGAUAGUCGGUCCUUAGACAAGAGAGCGUGCCUUCGUUACUCAUGCCAUAGCGCUAUGGGUUCUCUGCCGCGUCUCUACUCGGGUCGCAACGGAAUCAGGCAGCGAGAGUUGUCACGUGGUUCGCAAAUGAAUGAAUGAGUGAAAUAAUUGAAAAUGACCAAAUAUUAUAAACUAGAUUGAUUACAUCUACAUUCCGUUCCGUACUCUUCCUUUACUUCUUGUGAUUAUUGUUGAAGAACUUGUUGAAAGUAGAACUUCUACACUGCUCACUUGCGUUGCUUUCCUUUAUUCUUUACAACUCUUGCUUCUAAUAUCCCUCGUCGAGGUUGCGAAUUGCUAGCUGCCAAAGUGCGUGGUUUUAUCACGAGACAUGCGUUAGCACGCUUGUGGCCACAAGUACACCAGAUGCAUGACGUUUACGACAUGAUUCUCGAUCUCGAAGCGCAAGGCCAGGAUAACAACUUCGUCGACAACCUCUACGGAAGUACUUUUUAGUUUUUGAGAUACAUCCGAACACCUUCGUCGACAACCUCUACGGAAGUACUUUUUAGUUUUUGAGAUACAUCCGAACACCUUCGUCGACAACCUCUACUGAAGUACUUUUUAGUUUUUGAGAUACAUUCUAAAACUUGGAAAUCUUCAUGUUUUUUCUCUCAUGAUUCAUUUUUGAAAUGAUACAGCCCUUCGCGGUCAAUGCAUGGAGAUAUCUGGCGUCUUGCUGA